UGUGAAAAAGGUCUAUUGAGAAUGUCUUUAUGUACUUGCCGUGCACGCGCGUUAACCCAGGAUUACCAAGUCGAGCGUUAUUACGCUAACUCAUAUUCGGUCUGUUGGAACCGACAUGCCUAGAGUAAACAAGUUCAUGCGGAUGUCAGCCAUAGUUCAGGGUUAAAGUCAGGGUAGUUUAAACCUGGAAUACCCCCCAGGACAGUCGAAAACCAAGAAGAAAAAACAACCUUCAGUCUCUAUUCAGUCUCAAAAUGAAAACAAUGCUUUUUUUUUAUCUCUCCAGGGGGGAAUUCCAGGAAGAAUGUUUAAACUACACUGACUUUCAUCUUUCUUGAAUACCCCCCAGUACAUUUAAGUUGAAGCAUUUAAAUCAUAUCUAUAAUUUAUGCAAAACAGCAAGUUUUUGUUUUUCAUAAGUUGUAUUUAAUAUUAAUACUUCCUGGGUAAGCGAGUUAUACUUUUGUAGAUCCAUUUAAAAAAAGAUUCAGCUUCACUUUAUUUGUGAUUUUAAAGUUGUUGGUUUUUAGGUCAUGUGACCCGGAAGUAAACAGUACGAGGCGUUAGCCGUCUUAGCAUGUUUUCAGAGGACAAUGGUGUUUUGUUUGGACGUUUGUGAGUUACUUUGUACAGAAAGAACGAUACACGGUUUGUGUCUUAACUCUCAGCAUUUUCUAAAGUGUCGUAAAUUAGCGAAUAAUUUUUAAAUGUAAGGACAACCUGUUUGUGAUUGUGAGACCAGCAGAUGUUUGGAGCUACGGUGACGAGGACGGCGGUGUUAUCGUAGGUUAGUAGUGGGAGUUCGAGCUGAAGAUCGGAGCAGCUGCGUAACGAUGUCUUCACUUCUGUCUCUGAGAGAGUUUAUCAGCGAGCGACUAGCUGCUGCUGCUGAAGAAAUCUUCAGACACUGUGAAGGAACCAUCGUCCAGUACGAGCAGGAGCUCUGUCGCCAGCGCAGACUGCUGGAUAUCACCAGGAAUCCACGGCUUCAGCUCCACGCAAUAGUCCUUCCUCCAUAUUAUGCGAGUGAAAGUGUAGAUCAGCAGAGGAACUCCAGAGUGGAAAAGGAAGAACCAGGACCUCCACAAGUUGAAGAGGAACAGAAGCAAACAGAACCUCCGCAGUUUAAAGAGGAACAGGAGGAACAAGAACCUCUGCAGAUCAAAGAGGAAUUGGAGGAACGAGAACUUCAACAGAUUGAAGAAAAUUGGGGGGAACUACAACCUCUACAGAUUAAAGAGGAGCAAGAAAAGCUUUGUAUUAGUCACGAUGAAGAUCAGCUUGAAUUGAAGCAGGAGACUUAUACUUUGAUGGAGACUUCUAUCAAUGAGGAAAAUGAGCACAAUAUAGCAGAUCAAAACAAUCGACAGAGCUUUAAUAUAACUGAUAAUCAGGAUGAAGAACGAAGCCAACAUGAAGAGUCAUCAACUACAGAUGGAGAGACAGAUCCACAGAACAAAAAUCUGAAAAAGAGAAGAGAUGUAAGUUGUGACCAAAAUAUAUACAGCUCUCACAUGUUAGAAAGUCAGAAAUCCAAUACGGCAACUUUGGUUAAACAGCACAACCAAAUCCUAAACAAAAAGAUACCUUCAUAUAUAAAGUCAGGUAAAAGCUCAAGAAUUGUUAGUAAUCUCUGUGUCUACAGGAGUACUGAGUCUGAUAAAAAAACCUUAUGACUGUAAAGAAUGUGGUAAAAGUUUUAGUUGGUGGUCUCAUUUUAGAGUUCACAUGAGAACCCAUAUAGGAAAUAACCCCUUUUCUUGUGAAGAAUGUGAUACAAGUUUUAGUCGUUUAUCUCAUCUGAAAGCACACAUGAGAACUCACACAGGAGAGAAGCCUUUUUCGUGUAAAGAAUGUGAUACAAGUUUUAGUGACAUGCAUAAUCUCAAAGCACACAUGAGAAUUCAUACUGGAGAAAAGCCUUUUUCUUGUGAAAAAUGUGAAACAAGGUUUCGGCGUUUAUCUCAUCUGAAAGCACACAUGAGAACUCACACAGGUGAGAAGCCUUUUUUGUGUAAAGAAUGUGACAAGAGUUUUGGACAGAUAUUUGGCCUCAGAAGACACAUGAGAACCCACACAGGAGAAAAGCCUUUUUCUUGUAAAGUAUGUGAUAUAGGUUUUAGUGACUUAUAUAAUCUCAAAGCACACAUGAGAACUCAUACAGGAGAAAAGCCUUAUUCCUGUGAAGAAUGUGAUACAAGUUUUAGUCGUUUAUUUCAUCUGAAAACACACAUGAGAACUCACACAGGUGACAAGCCUUUUUCUUGUAAAGAAUGUGACAAAAGUUAUUAUGUAAAAUCCCAUCUCAAAAGACACAUUAGAACUCAUACAGGAGAAAAGGUUUUUUCCUGUAAAGAAUGUGAUAGAGGUUUUAGUCAAAUGUCUAGUCUCAAAAGACACAUGAAAGCUCACACAGCAGAUGUGCCCUUUUCUUGUCAAAAAAUUUAAUCAAUAAUUCCCUGUCCCAGCUGAACAACACAAAGUUAUGGUGACAUAGUUGUUUUGCAAUGUUCUCCAGUGACACAGCUUAGUAAAAUAUUUACACCAUUUCCCCAAAUAUGCAUUAAUGAACAAACAAAUAGACUGAUGUUUUCUCUUUUGUUCAUGUGAUUUCUGUUUUCUAGUAGAGAUCAGAGAUGUUUAGCAGUUCUAUGUAGUUUUCAGUGUUCUGUCCCAAUCCUUAAUGUGCAGAAUAAAGUGGCUGUGAACAUCAGUAUGAAGUGUGGAGUC